CUUCCUGCUCUCCGGGUACAACUUCCGGGCGAUCGCAGGUGACCCAGGACCCCGUGACCGUUCGCUUUCCCUUUCCGGUGUUGGCGGCCCAAGCGGAGGAGCAGAAAUGGCACCUCGCAAGGGGAAGGAAAAGAAGGAAGAGCAGGUCAUCAGCCUUGGACCUCAAGUUGCAGAAGGAGAGAAUGUGUUUGGUGUCUGCCAUAUCUUUGCUUCCUUCAACGACACCUUUGUCCAUGUGACUGAUCUCUCUGGCAAAGAAACCAUCUGCCGGGUGACUGGUGGAAUGAAGGUCAAGGCUGACAGAGAUGAAUCUUCUCCCUAUGCUGCUAUGUUGGCCGCUCAGGAUGUUGCCCAGAGAUGUAAAGAACUAGGCAUCACUGCCCUUCACAUCAAACUUCGGGCCACAGGGGGAAAUAGGACUAAGACCCCUGGCCCUGGUGCACAGUCAGCCCUGAGAGCUCUGGCACGUUCUGGAAUGAAGAUUGGGCGUAUUGAGGAUGUCACUCCAAUCCCCUCUGACAGCACUCGCAGAAAGGGUGGUCGUCGUGGUCGCCGUCUGUGAAUAUCGCUGGCUGGAUUAUUUUUGUCAAUAAAAGUGUCACGAUGGUCUA